AUGGCGACCUUGUUCGAUAACAUUCACAGGCGUGCGCACCAGGUGCAUGCCCGCUUCCAUCCCCACCACGGCGAUCGUCACGCGGAAAGAGACUCGUAUAUGACCUUGACGAUCCGUAAUCUUCCCUUGGGGACCACAGAAAACGACGUGUUUGAGCAUAUUAGGCGACAGAGACACGAUUCUGACCCCAUUGUCAAUCCCUUGACCAAGGAAACGAACCAGCGCACGCUCUGCGCGGUCGUCACAAUUCGCCAGGAGACAGAGGAGAAAUGCAAAGUUGUGCGUGACAAGCUCCAUCUUACACGCAUCUACCCAAAGCUCCCGGCGGGAGAUGUCAAAGAUUCAGUUGUCAUGGUAAGCGAUGAGUUUCUCGGUGUAACAACGAUCGCCGAGCACGAUGACCCUCAGUUCGAUAUGUAUUUCGUUCAUGGUCUCGGAGGGCAUGCUUUUAAGUCUUGGAGCACAGACAAAGGCGCACCUCACAUGUGGCCCAGAGACUUCCUUCCCAACGACAUCAAAGCUAGGCCGCUGGAUCCCAUGAAUUGGCACGGCCCGAAGUUAGCUGGUCGCUUGGCAACCGUGGGAUAUCGUGCAAGCGCUAUGUGUGCCUCCGCUGCCACUGCAACGAUCGACAAAAUAUCGCAGAAUUUCCUCAACCAUCUUAGGGCUGACCGGACUGAGGAAGGCUCCAGGCUAGCCAGAUAUGCUUCCCGCAUUGUCAAGUUCCUCCGGGGCAAUGACACUCUGAUAGAUAGCUUGAGUAUCGAAUCCGAGGACCUAAAUACCAUUGUUGCCAGGUUUGAUCAGAUGCGAAACCACCCAAGGACAAGGAUUCCGAUUGUGAUCGCAUAUGAGAUGCAGCCAAUGUUCGGAAUGAGAUUCGUAACCGACCCCGACUCAGCCAUGAGCUCAUUUGACUGCCAGACCAUCGGCAUUGAAGGCGAUCACCGUACCAUGAUCAAGAUGGAGAACAACCAGGACCAAAGUUACCGUGACGUUGCUGAAUUCAUAAUUCGAAUGAUCCAACGAACACUCUCUGGAUCCAGCAUUAUCCCAUCCUCUUCUGCGACAAAGCUUGAGAGAAAAGUCUUUCAGGAACUGCCUUUCAGACAGAACCUAGCGAGAGACGAAAGCCCCCCUCCAUAUAAAGGCCAAGGUUCAUGCCGGCCUUCCACAGCAAGUUCGGCCAGCGACGGAACAUCGGCCUCUGACCCUUCUCCUCACUCCCAACCAGUUGGUUUGGGUAUCAGCAACCCAAAAUCCGAAGAAAACAACACUCCCAGCAUAUCCCGCUCCAACAUCGUCCCCGUCAGGUUCGACGACCUUAUGAUGCCUCCCAAUCGUAUAAAUGGUGGAAAGGAAGAUAACCGAGAUUUCGCCCUGCUCUCAAAAUUCGACGUCGUCUUCCUUCUCGAUGACACGGGAUCGAUGAUGGAAGCCAUCGAGCCGGCCCCCUCAUUUAAUGGCAACUGCGAGGCAAAGGAACGUUCGAAAUGGGAUGAAAUGAUCGAAUCUCUGCGCUACAUCGUCGAUAUUGUAACACACUAUGACCGUGACGGUGUAGAUGUGCAUUUCUUCUACCGGGACGAUAAGGACGAGUUUAGAAUCCAGGAUGGACAACGGGUUCUAGAUCUCUUGACCAACGAAGUCAGUCCAGACGAGAUUGGUGGCGGAACCUUCAUUGCCGAGCGACUUUGGACAAUCCUGACGGCUUAUAUCGACCGGUUCGAAAACUAUCGGCUACGGAUGGCAGAGCGGGCACCUUGUCCCGAGAAGCCAAAGAUGUUGAACCUUAUUGUGAUUACGGACGGGGCGGCAGAUGACAAGGAUGCGGUAGAGGAUGUAAUCGUCAAUGCAGCGAGGAGGCUGGAUGAACUGAGGGCACUUCCAAACCAGGUAGGAAUUCAAUUCCUGCAAAUCGGCAGAAACGAAGCGGCUUCGAGAUGGUUGAAGACAUUGGAUGAUGACCUGAACGAGAAGCAUAGAGUUCGAGACAUGGUUGACACCCGUCCCUGGGACAGAGUCGAUGAGAUCGAUAAGUCUUUGCAAGAGAGACUUACUAACAUUCUCCUCGGCGGCAUUGACAGAGCCAGAGACAUGGAGUAA